AUGGCUGAAGGCAUUCUAUUUAGCGUUGCGGGGAAAAUCUUGGAAGAGCUGGGGUCCUUGCUUGUCCAAGAAGGCAAAUUGGCAUGGGGUGUUAAGGAUGAGAUUCAAAAACUCAAUGACACUGUCGAGACUAUCAAAUCUAUACUUCUUGAUGCUGAGGAGCAGCACAACAAAAUGAACCAACAGGUAACCAAUUGGAUCCAAAGGCUUAAAGAUGCGUUUUAUGAUGCAGAUGACUUGUUAGACGAUUUCUCUACUGAACUUCGAUGGCGAAAGGUGAUGAAUGGAAACAAAUUGUCUAAUAAGGUACGAAUCUUUUGCUCCAUAUAUAAUCAAAUAGCAUAUAGCCUUAGAAUGGCUCAUAAGAUUAAGACUAUCAGAGGGAAACUAGAUGAAAUAAAAAAUGAUGAGCAGUUUCACUUUUCUAAGCGUUCUGUUGAAAAAGGAGUCAUAAGUAUAGAAAGGGAAACUCACUCUUUCAUACGUGUAGAAAAGGUAAUUGGAAGAGAUGAUGAUAAAAGUAAUGUUAUAAGACUUGUAUUGGACUCAAAUGAUUCUGAGAAUGUUUUGGUUGUUACCAUAGUUGGACUCGGAGGAGUAGGAAAAACCACACUUGCUCAGCUUGUUUAUAAUGAUGAAAAUGUCAAAAACUAUUUUCAAUUAAGGAUGUGGGUGUGUGUCUCUGAAGAAUUUAAUGUAAAGAUAAUUGUUGAAAAGAUAAUAAAAUCUGCAACUCGUAAAGAACUUGGAAUUUUUCAUUUGAAUGAAUUGCAAGAAUUCCUUAGGAAAGAAAUUGAUGGGAAAAGAUAUCUACUUGUUUUGGAUGAUGUAUGGAAUGAAAAGCAGAAAAAAUGGGAUGAAUUGACUGAUCUAUUAAUGAAUGGCUCAAAAGGAAGUAAGAUACUAGUUACUACACGUAGUAAAGUAGUUGCUAAGGUUACUACCAAACGUGAAUCUUAUGUCUACACCUUGACAAGACUAGAUGAAAAAAAGUCUUGGUCUUUGUUUAUGCAGAAAGCCUUUCAACAUGGGGUGGAACCAAAAGAUUCAAAAUUAAUAGAGAUAGGAAAAGAGAUUGUAGCAAAGUGUGGUGGAGUUCCUCUUGUCAUAAUGACAAUAGCACAAUUACUGUCUGGUAAUAUUAAGGAAGAUGAUUGGCUGAAUUUUAAGGAAAAUGAAAUGUCAAAGGUGAUUAAAGAAGAAAGUGAUAUUUUACCAUUGCUCAAGCUUAGUUAUGAUCAUCUCCCUUCAAACUUGAAACAAUGUUUUGCUUAUUGUGCAUUGUUUCCUAAGGAUUAUAAGAUUAAGAAGCAAAAAUUGAUUCAUCUUUGGAUGGCACAAGGGUUUCUUCAAAUGUCAAACAGAGAGUGUCCAGAAGAUAUUGCUGAUAAAUAUUUUUUGACUCUACUUUCAGGAUCAUUUUUCCAAGAUCCGGAAUAUGAUAGAUGGGGCAAUGUAGUCUCUUGUAAGAUGCAUGAUCUUAUGCAUGACCUUGCACAAUUAGUUGCAGGAACUGAAUGCACCGUGCAAACUUUUAAUACAGUUGAAAAUGUGAGUGUAAGAUGUCGCCACUUAUCACUUGAUUGUGGUGAAGUAAAAGCAUUAUGGACAUUUCCAGUUGUGUUAUAUAGUGGAAAAAAUAUAAGAACUUUGCUUUUGUUUUGUAGAUUAAAUUGGGGUUUCAACUUGGAUGAUGGUGAUGAAAUUUUAACAAGUUAUGAAUACUUACGAGCAUUAGAUUUUGGAGGGUUAAGAUUUCAGAAACUGUUGGGUUUAAAUGGGGAAGUUCUGAGUUUAAUUGGUAAAUUGAAGCAUUUGCGAUAUCUCAGUUUUUCUGGUGUAGAUAUAAAACUACUCUCUGAUUCAUUGUUGAGACUAGUAAAUUUGGAAACAUUAGACCUCUCUAACUGUAGUGAGCUCAUGGAGCUACCCAAAGAUAUUAAAAAAAUGGUGAACCUUAGGCAUCUUAUAAAUAAAAAGUGUGAUUCUUUAGCUGGAAUGCCUUAUGGACUAGGGCAUUUAACCAAUCUUCAGACUCUACCACUAUUUGUAGUAAGUGAAAGAACUAAACAGGCUAACAAAAAAAGCAAUUACAGUGGGACAGAGGAAUUAUAUAGGCUGAACAACUUGAGAGGAAAACUCAAAAUUAAGAACUUGGAAUUUGAGGAAAGUAGCAAGUUGGCCAACUUAGAAGGGAAGCAAUUUCUUUGGUCUCUGACAUUGGAUUGGGGAAGAAGUGAUGAUAGAGAGUUUCGAGGAAAUGAAGGAAUAGAUGAAGUGGUGUUAGAAGGUCUAAAGCCACACCCAAAUCUUAAGAAAAUUAGUGUGAGAUCAUUCAUGGGUGUUAAACUAUAUCCAAAAUUGCCGCAGUUUGAUGUUAAUGCCGCUAUAUCCAUCUUUGAAAGAAUUGAAAUUGCUCAAGACAAACUCGAAACCGCUGCAGCAGACGAUGACGAUGACGAUGAUGUUGAUGAAUAA